AUGGUACUAUGCUUUAGUACUAUAAAAAGUGUUUCUAAUGUGACUAAUGAUGAAAAGGAUUUCGAUAAUUCUUUCUUUAUAAAUGAAAAGAAUGAUAUAUUUAUAGAAUAUAGUGAUCAUUUUCUUAGAGCAAGAAGUCUUAGAGUGUUAUGUAUAACAUUAAUUAUAUUCCUAUGUUCAUUAUGGAUAUUAACAAAUUUUGAUGGAAAAGAAGUUAAUUUUCAUGGUGCUCAUUAUUAUAAAAGUUCCAAAGUUGCAAUUGUUGCAGCCAGUGUUAUGGGUGAUAAUGGUGAGGAGGGAAUACAAGGAUUAGAGAUUGCGAACCAUUUUGGUGGUAGUCAUCAUGGAAUUCAUAGAUCUGAUGAUAUUUCUUCAAAUACUAAAGAUAAUAAUACGAGCGAAGAUAAUUUGGAAAUCGAAAUUGAGAAAUUAAUUAAUGAAAGUCCAAUUGUUAUUUUCAGUAAAUCUUAUUGUCCAUAUUCAAGAAGGGCAAAACAUAUUUUUUCAAUUUAUGAUGUCUUGCCACAUAUUUCAGUAAUUGAAGUGGACGAAAGAGGUAAAUUAUCUUCAUAA